UUCCUCUGCUGCCAUCAGCCUUCCUGGCAGCAAUCUCAUCAGCAUAGUGGCUUUUUUCUGUUCUAUUUUUGUGAAUCUCAUCAGCAUUCCUGGCAGCAAUCUCAUCAGCUUCCUGGCAGCAAUCUCAUCAGCUUCACUUAGCUGAAGCUCUGGUUACGGAGGGACGCUUUCACAGCUGGAUGUCAUCAGAUUCUCAGCUCACAGGGCCCCUUAUUCACCAUGCUCCAAAACAUGGCUUCUCUCUCUCCUUCCUGUUCUCUCCAACUCUGUGUGCAAAGAAACCCCACCUCUUCAUG